GUAUGGAGGGUCUUCCCACCGUUACGAUAGAGCCGUACGGGGGUUAAAAACUGCACAGUUUAUAUCAGCAGGUUAACGUACAAUAGCUUUUCGCGGAGGCAAAACUAACUGAAGGCGAUAGCUACUCCUAGUACCAACAUCAGCUGUAAUUUCAGACUGGACGAAGGAAACAGCGAAGUGUUCUUUUAUGUCACACGGCUGAAAUUAAUGCUCACUGGGCAAACAUCAGUGUUUUUCGAGAGGGGGAAGAUGUGUUUUGCGGACUUGGACAUCUUUUCGAAGAGGACAGAUAAGGACUAACGCCUUCAGAUAAAAAAACAGUUCUGUGUUAAUAUUUGUGUUGCAUCCUUAAGAUUAAUGCUAGCAUUGCCUGUGUACUAGCUCGCUAAUGUUGGCUAGGUUUAUAGCUUGCUACAACUUGCAUAUUUUAGAUGGAAGCAGAUUAAAUUAUUCAGUAUCACCAAACCAGGUAACGUUAUUUACAUUGUAUUGUUAGCAUGUUUUCAAAGACUUGCAAUGGGCGGCAGCUAUGACGCUAGGUGUAGUCACAGGGUUAUGUCACUGUCAGGCUAACGGAUAGAUCGGUGUUUGCAGCUGCUUCAGUGUUUGCAUGGUCAUGUCCAGCAGGUUUGGCAUCAUGUAGACUGCCCCUCUGAACAGGCUAGGUGACUUGAGGACACAAAGUGUGUUAGUGAGCCCUCUUGGAGAGUAAUGUAAAGCUGGAUUACAGCUAUCCAACUAAUUCAAAGACUGACAGUCGGCACUGAUGCAGUUUAGCUCAGAAUUGUUGCUAGACAUGCCCAAAGCCGUCUGGUCUGUGUAAUAUUGCAAAUAUCCCAGCCUACUUAGAGGACAUCUAAAUGCAUCAUGACCUGACUGAAUCUCUUAUUGAUGGGAUAAAGCAUAUCAGAGCAGCUUGUCAUGAAAUAAACUCGCAGUGCAACAAGCAACAUCACCAGGACUGAGUGGAUAAUUUCCUCCAGGAUUUUUUUUUUUUUUUAAUUUUUUUUUUUUUGAAGAGGAGAGCACUAUUCAAGGCUUUCCACAAGUGCCCAGCAUCACCUGGACCAUCAAUCCAUCACAAUGGAGACAGUGGGAGAUUUUGAGUACAGCAGAAAAGACCUGGUUGGUCAUGGAGCCUUUGCUGUGGUCUUCAAAGGAAGACACAGAAAGAAGACAGAUUGGGAGGUGGCCAUCAAGUGCAUUAAUAAGAAGAACCUGUCCAAAUCCCAGAUCCUUCUCGGCAAGGAAAUCAAAAUCCUGAAGGAGCUGCAGCAUGAAAACAUUGUGGCACUUUACGAUGUCCAGGAAACACCCAACUCAGUUUUCCUGGUCAUGGAGUACUGUAAUGGAGGUGAUCUUGCUGACUAUCUGCAAGCUAAGGGGACCCUGAGAGAAGAAACACUGAGGGUUUUCCUUCAGCAGAUUGCUGCCGCCAUGCGCAUCCUCAACAGCAAAGGAAUCAUCCACCGUGACCUGAAGCCCCAGAAUAUCCUGCUGUCGUAUAUGGGCCGCAAGAAGUCCACCAUCAGUGGCAUUCGCAUCAAAAUAGCUGACUUUGGCUUUGCACGGUAUCUCCAGAGCAACAUGAUGGCUGCCACACUAUGUGGGUCACCCAUGUACAUGGCCCCAGAGGUGAUCAUGUCCCAGAACUACGAUGCCAAGGCCGACCUGUGGAGCAUAGGGACAGUCAUCUACCAGUGUCUGGUCGGAAAGCCACCUUUCCAGGCCAAUAGUCCCCAAGACCUGAGGAUAUUUUAUGAGAAGAACAAGAAUCUACAACCUAUCAUCCCGAGGGAGACUUCCCCACAACUUAGUGACCUUUUGAUUGGGCUACUGCAAAGGAAUCAGAAAGAAAGGAUGGACUUUGACACGUUUUUCAGCCAUCCUUUCCUUGAACCGUCAUCCACCGUUAGAAAAUCAUGUCCGGUACCAGUCCCCAGCGCCUCCAACACAAUGACGGAUUGUUCCUGUGGCAGCUCUCCAUGCAUCCGUUACAACUCUCCUCCUUCUCUCCCAGACAUGCAAACUCUAGCAGAAGAUGGUCUGUCAUCCCCUCCGCUUGGUCCGCCCAACUACCUGCAGCUGUCCAAAGAGUCUGCAGGUAGCACCAGCAGUAAGAACUCGUCCUGUGACACCGAUGACUUUGUCCUGGUGCCUCACAUCUCUGCUGACAGCUAUGACCAACCAAUGGGAGCAGGUCGUCGGCCCUCCAGCGAGUUUCUAAUGUGUGGAGGGCAGCCGCAGCCCACCCCAGGACAGACCCCCAUGGUGUCCCCACGGGCUGAAACCACCCCCAUCCCUGUUCCCACCCAGGUCCGCAACUACCAGCGCAUCAAGCAAAACCUCUCCAGCAGCCCGACUACCACACACUACAGCUCCCCCAGGUCUGGCACAGUGAGGCGCUCCAACACUAGUCCUAUGGGGUUUCCCAAAGCGGGCUCAGGGUCCCCCAGUUUUGCAGAUGUCCCUCAGACAUUGGGGCGACGCCUCUCCACUGGCAGCUCCCGGCCUUAUUCGCCCUCACCCCUUGUGGGCACAAUCCCUGAGCAGUUAGGUCACUGCUUCUGUCACCUGCAGAGCCAUGAACCUCGCAGCCGGAGCUCAUCAGGAGGUUCCCCCGUUCCAUCCUCUCAGCUCCUGGGGACUCGGCUCCAGAGUGCCCCCACCCUGACUGAGGUCUAUCAGACCAGACAGAAGCUCCACAAGCAGCUGUCAGACCCUGUUCAGCCUUCCUCCUCCUCCUGCAGUCACUCCCCUCAGCUCAGCCGACCGGCAAACCUCGGCUCCUCCCCCACCAAAUUGCUGGGCUCCUCCCCCCGUAUGUCUGACUGGCUGCAGAAGUCCCCGCUGCCCACCAUCAUUGGUUCUCCUACCAAGAUCAUUUCUGCACCAUUCAAGAUCCCCAAAACUCAGGCAUCCUGUAACUUGAUGGCACUGGCAGACAGCCCUGUGCCCACCAAGACAUUGGCAGAUGUCCAGGAUAUAUGUACCCACCACUGCAGCCCGUACCUCACCGGACGACCAGCUGCCCCUGAGGCCAGCAGAACUUUUGGCAGGUCUGUUAGUACAGGUCGUCUGUCUGAGCAGCCAAUCAGAAUCACUCUGGGUGGACAGGCCUACCAGGGCAGCACUGACAGUCUGAACACAGAGCGACCCAUGGACACAGCCCCCGCAGGUCCUAGUGGGCUGGCUCAGGGUGGGUCAGCUAGUCCCCGUACCGUUCUUUUCACCGUGGGUUCACCGCCCAACAGCAGCACUCCUCCUACCUGCAGCCAUCUUUGCACCCGACCACGCACCACCUCUGUGGGCUCCAACAGUUCAGCUGGCUCCCUGUGUUCCACCAGCGGUCGAAUCUAUGUUGGAUCUCCCCCAGGCAUGGCCAUGGGCUGCUCUCCUCCAGGAGGUUUUGGAGGUGGGCAGAUUGUCCCCGGGGCAGAGGGGACACCCAGCAGUCUGCGUUAUGUCCCAUAUGGGACUUCCCCUCCAAGCUUGGAAGGAUUCAUCACCUUUGAAGCCCCUGAGCUGCCUGAGGAGACGCUCAUGGAGCGUGAGCAUACAGACACACUGAUGCACCUGCGGGUGAUGCUUUCCUUCACCGACUGUGUCCUGGAAAUGGCGGCAGUUCGAGCCGGAGGGACGGAGCUUGGUGUGUCGGCGGCCUCCCUCUACCCCCCCCAAGACAGUGUGGUUGUGGACCAGAUCAGCCAGCUCAGCAAAGAGUGGGGGCAGGUGGAGCAGUUGGUGCUCUACAUGAAGGGAGCACAGCUCCUGGCUUCCUCCCUCCAUCUGGCCAAGGCUCAGAUUAAAUCAGCCAAGCUCAACCCUUCAACUGCUGUCAAACAGGUGGUGAAGAAUCUUAAUGAGCGCUACAAAAGCUGCAUCACCCUCUGCCGGCGGCUGACUGACAAACUUAACCACUUCUUCUCUGAUAAGCAGCGCUUUGUGGACGAGAUCAAUAGCGUCACAGCAGAGAAGCUCAUAUACAAUCACGCUGUGGAGAUGGUUCAGUCAGCAGCUCUUGAUGAGAUGUUCAAGCAGACGGAGGAUAUAGCCUACCGCUACAGCAAGGCCGCCAUGCUGCUGGACGGCCUGUCCAAGAUCCUACAGGACCCCACUGACAUUGAGAAUGUGGUCAAAUACAAGGCCAGUGUGGACCGCAGGAUCUCAGCCCUCUGCUACUGCACUGUCACGCUCUAUGAGUAGCAUGGGUCACAUAAACACACAGGGACCACGUCCUUCCCCACAGAGCUACGGUUCCCUCCUGUAGCAGUUUAAGCACUUUUCAUUUGAUAAGUUUUGUCUGUAUUUAUCAUCAGUUAUUUUUAUUGGCUGCAUCACAGGCUGAACUGUGACAAGCCACGGAUGCACAAAUUUACAACCAAAGAUGACCACAGAUCCAGAAACUAAAGGCUCAACCCAGAUGUGGCCAUAAUUCAUGCACUUUCAUGUGCAUUUCUUUUGUUUCUUUUUUUGUACGCUAUGAUGGUGAAAAAACAUUUUUUGUGUGUGUGUGUGUGUGUGUGUAAAAACUAAUGCAUGUCCACCUUUUAGUUUUUUUUACCAGAAGAAAAAGAGGAUGACAGGACUUUGAGACUAUGUUGUGACCAUCAGGAGACUCAACUUCCACAUAAAGCAGUUCAUCUUCUAAAAUACUGCUUACUAUGUGAUAUUAUUUACUCUGUUUAAGUUGUUAUUGUUCUUAUUUAUUGGUUCAGAAGAACAUGGAUGUUUGAGUCUCCUGCCUAUCUUUUUAUAUAUAUAUAC